CGCGAGAUGUACCAGAGUUUAGCCAUGGCAGCUAACCCCGGCCCUCCGGCGUACGAGGGGGCAGGUGGCUUCAUGCACAGCGCGGCCGCAGCGUCCCCCGUCUAUGUGCCCACCACGAGGGUCACCUCCAUGCUCCCCAGCCUGCCAUACCUCCAGAGCAGCGGCUCUUCCCAGCAAGGCAGCCCCGUCUCCAGCCACUCCAUCUGGACUCAACCCGGAGCCGAAAGCACCGCUUACAACCCUGGAUCUUCUCACCCUCCCGUGUCACCUCGGUUCUCCUUCUCCACCAGCACCCCCAUUCCUGCCACCUCUUCCCGGGAAGCCGCGGCGGCUUACAGCAGCUCCUUGAACCUUUCUGCUAAUGGGAGGGAGCAGUACAGCAGGGGUUUCGGCAGCUCCUAUUCCAGCCCCUACCCGGCUUACAUGAGCCCCGAAAUGGCCACGACCUGGACUUCUUCGCCUUUCGACAGCCCCAUGCUGCACAACCUGCAGAGCCGAGGGACGCCCGCGGCCGCCCGGCACGCCAACAUCGAAUUUUUUGAUGAUUAUUCAGAAGGGCGAGAAUGUGUCAACUGUGGGGCCAUGUCCACCCCACUCUGGAGGAGAGAUGGCACGGGGCACUACCUCUGCAACGCCUGUGGGCUCUACCACAAGAUGAACGGCAUCAACCGGCCCUUAUUCAAACCUCAGAGGAGGCUGUCGGCUUCCCGCCGCGUCGGCCUCUCUUGUGCCAACUGCCACACGACGACAACCACGCUCUGGCGCAGAAACGCCGAGGGAGAGCCCGUCUGUAACGCCUGCGGACUCUACAUGAAGCUCCAUGGGGUUCCAAGGCCUUUAGCAAUGAGAAAAGAGGGCAUUCAGACAAGGAAGCGCAAGCCGAAGAACCUUAACAAAACAAAGACACCAGCAGGUCCAUCCAGCAGCGAGAGUCUUACCCCGACCACCAGCUCCACCAGCAGCAGCAGCAGUGCCACGACCACUGAGGAAAUGCGCCCCAUAAAAACAGAACCUGGGCUUUCAUCUCAUUACGGGCACCCCAGCCCAAUUUCUCAGGCAUUCUCAGUCUCUGCCAUGUCCGGACAUGGAUCAUCUAUUCACCCUGCGAUUUCAGCUCUGAAGCUUUCUCCGCAGGCUUACCAGUCAGCUAUCAGCCAGUCUCCACAAACCAGCUCCAAACAGGACUCCUGGAACAGCCUGGUGUUAGCUGAAAACCAUGGGGACAUCAUAACUGCAUAACCUGGUCUUCCACCCAUGAACUUCAGGCUGAUCCUCUUGAGAGAUGAAGAAGAUGCCAUGUAAUCAUCAAGUCAAUGUUGUUUCCCACCUCCCCUGCUCUUCUGCCUUCUCUCCCCUUGUGAGAUGUUCCAGCAAAGAGGUAAAGAGGAUUUAUCUGAGGUGUAUGAGAGCUCUUGUGAAACAAACAGAGAAGACUCAAAUCUCAAAGUAUGGAUUUGAAGCCUUUUUUUCCCACUUUAAAUGAGCCUCUCUAGUUGAUUGUCACCACCUUCUAUGAAAUAUCCA